GAGGCUCUGGGAUGGGGGCGGAGAAAUGACAGAGCUCUGCCUGUGGGACUAUGGUGGAAAGUAGGGCUGCUUGAGUUUGUCUGUGAGGGCAAAUGUGGGAAGAAGACAAAAAGCUUGGGCUGGACGUGAAAAAGGACUUGCGAUGAAGACGAUGGACAAAAGAGCAUUUUCAACACAGCUCAUCUGAACCCAGGGAGGGGAAGGAGAGAAAGCAAAAGCUGAGCUACAGAGAAGGCUGUGUACUUGUCUGUAGAAGAGGAAGGGAGGGGGAAAAAAAUGACUGAGCAGGCUUCGACUUGUGCCUCUCACAGUUGAGAGACAACCUCAGUCUCACCAGACAGACAGGAAGACGAAGAGCGGACCUGUGGGAAAGUGUUAGAAGGAACGGCUAGACACAAAGAAAAAGUCUCAGAGAAAACCCGGCAUGAAGAAGAAAAUCUGAAAUCAUAGCAGCGGUGAGGGACAGCAGAAGUUGCCAAGGAGAAGGGAAACAGGAGGAGGGGGUGUGUGGGGGCGGCCAACGGGUGAGGAAGGUAUGAGGGGACAGCUCCUGAAGCCCCUCCUCACUUUGAUGAUCACUGUCCUUCUGUUUGUGAGCUUCCUGACCAGCUUCAUCUGGUACACGCAAGAAAACAAUAAUGUGCAACCUAAGCGAUCAAGCCCUCCUAAGAAAAGUGCUCCUCAAUCCUCUGCUUCAUGCAAAGACUGCAGGGAGACUAUAAACAAAGUGUUAGAGCUCUACUCAAAAGCCUGGACGAAAGAAGAGACCAGUUUCCAAAAGUUCAGAUUGCAGCUGAACACCAAGUGCCAUGGUUUUGAGAAGGCCACCAUUACCCAGAAAAACACUCCAGUGGGAACAAAGCUUGUUUAUGAUGGAGAAAGGAAGAGAGCCCUUCAAGUGAAUCCGGAGCUUUUCAGCACCUUUUAUAAAGGGCAUCCUUUCUCAAAUAAAACAUGGCAUACAUGUGCUGUUGUUGGAAACGGGGGGAUCCUGGCAAACAGCAGCUGUGGCAAAAUGAUUGAUUCAGCUGAUUUUGUUAUCAGGUGCAAUCUACCUCCUUUGUCAAAUGGGUACGAGGAACACGUCGGCAUCAAAACGGACCUUGUGACAGCGAACCCAAGCAUUCUCUUGGAAAAGUUUGGGGCUCUAAUGGGACGCCGGCGUCGAUUUGUGGAGAGUCUGCGCAGCUAUGGCCACUCGUUGUUGCUUCUUCCCGCCUUCUCCUUUGGCCGCAACACUCCUGUGUCUCUCCGGGCUUUUUACACACUUGAAGAUUUUGAAAGCCCCAUCAGACCUAUCUUCUUCAACCCUGGGUACCUCCAGAGUCUGGCCCUCUUCUGGCGCUCUCAGGGCUUAAGAGCCGUACGGCUCAGCACUGGUAUUAUAAUGACAAGCCUAGCUCUGGAACUCUGUGACAACGUGCAGCUGUAUGGAUUCUGGCCCUUCGAUGUUCACCCACACAGCUUCCAAACCCUGACUAACCACUAUUAUGAUGACAGAAAAACCAAAACAAAGUUCCACGCCAUGCCGGAUGAGUUUAACCACUUGUUGCGGUUGCACAACCUCGGCGUUCUUAAAUUACACCUGGGAGACUGCAAAGCUGAGGGAAAAUAGUGCCUUCUCUGUUGCUUCAGGAUGAAGGAAAUGGUCAAGACACUUCUGGUUUUAUGUUUUGAAUGGACUGAGUAUAACACCCAUAGUUUAGCACAUCUGUCAGCAGCUACAGAACAGGUACUGAGAUCAAAAUGCAACAAUAGGAGGACAAUGAGCAGUCUUUUAACUGGUUUACACAUUUUUCUCUAACAUUAUAUGCUGUGUUUUGUUCUGGCUGGAGUCGGGUAGAAGUGAUUACAAUGUAACAUGUGUGCCUCUGUGAGGUUAUUUAUGAUUAGUGCCUUAUUUUACUGUUAUUGUGAUAGAUGUUAAGUCAGGACGAAUGUGUUUUAAAGGAAACCAAAUACCUCCUCUAGAAGAAUUCUGUGACAAAAAAACACCAGCAAUCUGAAUGUGUGAGUUUUUAGCUAAUUUAACCUCAAGAAAGGUUUGUUUCUUUGACAGUAAAUACAAGAUAAAAAUCACACAAAUGUGCUGACACUGAACGUUUUCUUCACUCUGACAAACUUUGGAUGAAAGACGGUGCCUUUGUUGCUUUAAAUAAAAGGAUCCUGAAUAGAAUAAAAAAUUUGUUGCACUCAUCUUCACAGACAUUAUAACACAAUUAACACAUCUUAGGUGCGUUUUAUACUUUGAUGGGUCUCAUCUGUUUCGUUUUCCUUUGGAAUCAUCAGCCAAGAAAAAAAAAAUGCACAUUUACUCCUGAAAGAGCUUAGAGCCACAGUGGACUGUCACCAGCAUUGCUGAUCGCUUUGCAUUGAUCCCUCAUACUGAGCAUGCAUGAGGCGACAGUGGAAAGAAAACUCACCUUUAACAGACCUCCAAUAGAAUCUGCCUCGACUGACUGGGGUUUAGAGAAGACAGAGCAGAGACA